AUGAUGGAAAGAAUAAGAAAAGAGAUGAUUCUGAUGGAGAGAGGGCUGCACAGCCCCACGGCCGGCAAGAGGUUCUCCAAUUUGUCCGACUCGGCUGGCAAUGCUGUGCUCGAGGCCCUGGAAAAUUCGCAGCACCCGGCUCGCCUCAGCCCGCGCCUGCCGUCCGCCCCCCUGCACAGCGCUCUGGGAGACCUCCCUGCCAAGGGCAAAUUCGAAAUAGAUACUUUGUUCAACCUGCAGCACCCGGGCAGCGAAAGCACCGUCUCCUCCGAAAUCGCGUCCGCCGCGGAGGGCCGAAAAAAGCCGGGUCAUUAUUCAGAGGCGGCAGCCGAGGCGGACAUGAGCAGCGACGUGGAGGUGGGCUGCUCGGCGCUGCGCUCGCCCGGCGGCCUCGGCGCCGCGCCGCUCAAGGAAAACAAUGGCAAAGGGUUCGCGGAGAGUGGCUCAGCCGCGGGCACCACGACGUCUGCGUCGGGCUCUGGCCUCGGCAGCCUGCAUGGAGGAGGCGGCGGCGGCGGCGGCGGCGGCGGCGGCGCGGGCGCAGCGCUGGUCGGCUCCGGCUCUGGCGCGGAUCAGGUGCGGCGCUACCGCACGGCGUUCACCCGCGAACAGAUCGCGCGCCUGGAGAAGGAGUUCUACCGGGAGAACUAUGUGUCGCGGCCCCGCCGGUGCGAGCUGGCCGCUGCGCUCAACCUUCCCGAAACCACUAUCAAGGUGUGGUUCCAGAACCGGCGCAUGAAGGACAAGCGGCAGCGCCUGGCCAUGUCGUGGCCGCACCCGGCCGACCCCAGCUUCUACACCUACAUGAUGACGCACGCGGCCGCUACUGGAAGCCUGCCCUACCCCUUCCACUCGCACGUGCCGCUGCACUACUACCCGCACGUGGGUGUCACGGCUGCGGCCGCGGCCGCUGCGGCCUCCGGCGCAGCGGCCGCGGCCUCAUCGCCCUUCGCCACUUCCAUCCGCCCGCUGGACACCUUCCGCGCGCUCUCGCAUCCCUACUCGCGGCCGGAGCUGCUGUGCAGCUUCCGUCACCCGGGCCUCUACCAGACGCCCGCGGCCGCCGCGGGGCUCAACAGCGCGGCCUCGGCCGCAGCGGCAGCAGCUGCUGCGGCGGCCGCGGCCUCCUCGGCCGCGGCGGCCGGGGCGCCCCCCAGCGGCGGCUCCGCACCCUGCUCGUGCCUCAGUUGCCACAGCAGUCAGUCGGCCGCGGCGGCCGCAGCCGCUGCCGCCGCCGCCCUGGGCUCCCGGGGUGGCGGCGGCGGAGGCGGCGGGGGUGGCAGCGGCGGUGGCGGCGGCGCUGGGGCCGCCGGGGGCUCGGACUUCGGCUGCAGUGCCGCAGCGCCACGCCCCGAGAGCGGCUUCCUGCCCUACUCAGCCGCUGUGCUUAGCAAGACCGCCGUGAGCCCGCCGGACCAGAGGGACGAGGCGCCGCUCACCAGAUAA